AUGCGCCCUCCCGCUCCCUCACUCGAUGUCAUCGCUGCCCGCAACUCGGCCGCAGCUGCAGCUGCUACUUCUGGCCCCUCAAUAGCCUCAGCCUCUGCUUCCGGCCCAAACCCGCCCACCAUGGUCAUGACCGAAGCGGAUGAACCGAGAGAUUCGCGAUCUUCUUCUUCGACCAACUCCCCCGCCCCUGCCGAUAACGAAGAAUCGGAUUUUUUCCUCGGCGCCAAUGACUCGCAGUCAUCACUAGGAGUCGUACCAAACAUGCAGGACAUGCAGGUCACCGAUCCAGAAUGCCUCCCCACCGUUGCCGCUCUGCCUAGCGAAAUCCUCAUCAGCAUCUUCUCUCGCAUUAGCAAUUCGACAGAACUGUUGAACUGCAUGCUGACAUGCAAGAGAUGGGCUCGGAAUGCGGUCGAAAUCCUCUGGCACCGGCCCACCUGCACCAGUUGGGAGAAGCAUGCCUUCAUCUGCAAUACGCUUGGGCUGGAGAAGCCCUUCUUCACCUACUCCGACUUCAUCAAACGUCUGAAUCUCGCGGCCCUCGCCCCCGAGGUCAACGAUGGCAGUGUCCUGCCCCUUUCUGCCUGCUCCAGGGUUGAACGUCUGACACUGACGAACUGCAAAGGUCUGACCGACUCUGGUUUGAUACCUUUGGUCGGAAGCAGUCAAUUCCUCCUGGCGCUGGAUAUAUCAGGGGACAUCAACAUCACGGAAGCCUCCAUCAUGGCCAUUGCCAAGAAUUGUCGGAGACUUCAGGGUCUCAACAUCUCAAACUGCAAGCAGAUCUCAAAUGAAAGCAUGGUCCAGCUCGCCGAGAACUGCAAGUACAUCAAGCGGCUCAAGCUCAAUGACUGCGUGCAACUGAACGACAAUGCCAUUCUUGCGUUUGCCCACAAUUGCCCGAACAUCCUCGAGAUUGAUCUACACCAGUGCGACAAAAUCGGUAACGACCCAGUGACGGCCCUCCUCGCUAGGGGACAGUCCCUUCGAGAGCUGCGUCUAUCCAGUUGCGAACUGAUUGACGAUGCUGCCUUUCUGACGCUGCCUUCGUCAAAGACGUAUGAACACCUUCGGAUCCUCGACCUGACCUCGUGCUCGCGUUUGACAGAUCGUGCCGUCGAGAAGAUCAUCGACGUGGCACCUCGGCUGCGAAACUUGGUGCUCGCCAAGUGCAACAACAUUACAGAUGCCGCCGUCUUUGCCAUCUCGCGUCUAGGCAAGAAUCUUCACUACGUACACCUGGGACACUGCCGUAACAUCACGGACGAGGCUGUGAAGCGUCUGGUGCAAUGCUGCAACCGUAUCCGGUAUAUCGACCUGGGCUGCUGCACGCAUUUGACCGAUGACUCAGUCACGCGCCUGGCAACGCUUCCCAAGCUCAAGAGAAUUGGCCUUGUGAAGUGCGCUAGCAUCACAGACGAGAGUAUGUACGCAUUGGCCAAAGCUAAUUACCGAACGCACAGCCGUCGCGAUGCGUCCAAUAACAUCAUCCCUGGACACGAGUAUCGCUCAAGCAGUUUGGAGCGCGUGCAUUUGAGCUAUUGCACCAAUUUGACCCUGCCGAGUAUUAUCAAACUGCUAAACUGCUGCCCCAAACUCACCCACCUAAGUUUAACCGGAGUACCUGCAUUCCUACGAGACGAUCUUGAGGCCUUCUGCCGCGAGGCGCCUGUUGACUUUACUGAUCACCAACGAGCCGUAUUCUGCGUGUUUUCGGGUGCGGGCGUGGCUGGUUUGAGGCGGUAUCUCAAUACAAGGGAAGAAUUCGCCGAGUAUCACGAGGGUCGCAGACAUGAAAGACGCAGAGCUUUGCCCCCUCCAACUCCAACAGGCGGUAUUGCCCCUGGACCUAUACCAGACAUCGAUGGUUUUGAGGAAAUCGACACUCCCGAGGAUGACGACAUGGGUGAAGGUAGUGAGAUCGCGCUCGACAAUGGAAACCCUGGCGGAGACGAGCUCGUCGAUAUAGCCACGAUUCCUCCACCGCCGCCUCAUCAUUCUAUGGCAACCACAUUCUCCCACGCUCACCCAAUCGCAACACCACCGGUUUUCGAAAGCCAAUCCAACACGACGGAUCACCCUUUCGGCACGUUGAAUGGUCAGUGGAACUCAUGGUCCAAUCAGCCGCAGAACAAUGCACCCUCGAGUCUGGAUCAAAUCGCAGUUCCCAUGCCAGGUCCCAGUACUGCAGGGUCGAGCUUGUUUGGCCGCCAAGGAUCGGCGCCCGGUCCCAGCACGGCUUCGAUGCAAGCGCAUAUCGACCAAGAUGAUGAGACACGCGAUCCGUAG